GCCCAAAGCGUCCUUAACGACACCAGCAACGACCUGAGAGAGCUCUCCGAAUGGUCAUGAGUUGUGGCCACCUGCAUACACCCAACGUGAGGAGGCAAGCACAUCAUGAUUGCUGUUCACUCCCCUUGUCUGUCAGCAGGUGCACCGCGUGGCUCUCGCUGGUUCCCACCAGUUUGGAUAAGAGCUCUUCCUCAUCGGUCGCCAACGACGCUAUCGCAGCGGGCCCUCCAGCCGGUCUAUCGACCUCUCGUGACACAGGCUCCCUGUGCACCUCAUCCUCCCUGUCAAAGAAUCCAGACGUGACCUCAGCCCUUCUGCCCGCCUGCUCCAUCUGCUCCAGGUCCGAGUACGCGGAGAGAAAGCUCGAGUGCUUGCUCCGCCUGGCGAACCUCUUGGCAGCCGCCAAGCCUUCGGGGUCCCGCGACUUCGGAGGUUUGCUUGCCCUGAAGGGAGAGUGUUCGUGCGGCUCGGGCAGCCAUUCCGAUGCCGGGCUGUGGGUUGCUUCGAUGCUCUUGGUUCGCGGGCCCAUCUCAGCCUCGGCCUCUUCAGAGACGGCACUUGCGAAGGACGAAGACCGGGAGACCUUGAGACCCCGACCUGAGGGCUGCCUCGCUUCAUUCUUCUUGCGGAUGACCGUCGCAUUCCUCGCAAGGUGUUUUCUGGACUGCCCAUGCCGCUCCUUGAUCUGCUGGCAUAUGUGCUGCCACGUGAAGUCGGCAAUCAUCGACGACAUCUCGCUCAGCGGGUCGUGCGCGACUGACACACCGACUGAUCCAACGGGCUGACGGGAAGGCGCCGGUGCAGUGCUUCGUGCUCGAACGGGCGCUCGCCGGCUUCUGCUGACCAUGUCAUUACUCGCCUCUUCCCGUGACUUCGAGGGGGGAGACAGCGGCAGCGUUUCCGUUUUCAGUGUCAUGCCAUUUCUUGGACCAUGCGCUGCACUCUUGGAAGCACGUGCUCGGCCAGCAGCCGGCUGAGGUGGAGGGAGGACACUAUGAUUGAUGGCCGCCCCGUCCCUUAUCCCUGGGGAGGGCUGGUCUGCUGCAGCCGUAAAGUCAGCCCACAGAGGCACUUGGCCUUUCUGGUCCUCAUGGCCUGACGAAGGAAGAAUCAUCCUCUCGAUGGUGCCUUGUCUCUCCCAACGACUGUCAGAACAUGGCGAGAAGUCCUCUGCAGAGAAGGGCGGGGGCGGGACAUCAUCGGCCGUCGAAAAUGUCACCCAAUCGGGCGGCGGCUCUUCCGGAGACGACACCAGAGCAGCAUCGACAUGGAAGUGUUGGGGAAGGGCCAGCUCCGCCUUCGUGUCUGCUUGGGUCUCUGUUUGAGGUCGGUGAGAGUGCUCCCUGCUUGUGAGGACUGUGCUGGGCGAUGCAGGUUGCGUCGGCUGGGUGGGCUCCAUCUCUUCGGGUGCUGUCGGGCCCACUCGUGCGGUCCCAAGGGGCAAGUUCGUUUCCACCUUGCUGAACAGCAGGGGCUUUCUGUCUUCAGAUCUUCGACGCUGAGUCCCGAUAUCGGCCUCACUCGGGCUCCUCUCGUCCUCCCUCGUCCUUCCCGGCCGCAGACGAGCGGCAGAUUUUGCCCUUCUCGGCACGUCGGGCCUCUGCACGGGCGAAUGCUUGGGUAAGGGGCUGUCGAAACGUCUUGUAGGCGGCCUGUGAGUGUCAAGUGUCUCCUCUCGACGGGUGAGGGCGGCCGUGUCGGAUGUCUUGGGCGAGCUGUGGGCUUCUGAGAAGGGGAUCAGGCGAGUGGUCGAUGGCUGCUUGAGGAAGGUCAGGUCGGCAGAUGGUCUCCCGCGCAACGGCGUCUGCAGCAACACCAACAGCAUGCAUCUAUCCAUUCACCAAGAUCUUUCAGCCGCACCGUCGUCUUGUCCCCUGCUUCACUUUCCCCAAGUAGAUGAUCGAGCGGACUUCCCUCAGGCCGGGGCAGCAUCGGCAGGGGCGGGAGAGAGCGCACCUGCUGCCUUGGCGGAUCGGCCGGCCGUCCCCCGAAGCGUGUCUGUGACUUCUCCUUCAGGGCGCCACGUGACUUUGGCGAGGGGGCGACAGAUCGCUCGGCGGGAGGAAGGGGCUCGUGCUGACUGUACUCUGAAAUCGGAGGCCUUAGCAAAUUAAAGAGACGUGACUGCAUUGCGUGUUCUCGACCUGCUUGCUCUUCUUGUUUUAUUUCUGGGAAUGAUGCCUUUGGGAACUCAGAUAUCCGCAGCUCCUUGUCCAAUGCCGUCACGCAGGCCAGGCUGUCAGGCGGCUCCAAAGUGGGGACGGGAUCGUCUGUUGGCCCGGUGGGCUCCUUGGCAUGCCUGUGAGCAGGUCAAACCAUGCCUUGUUCGCGCAUUUCUCAAAAUUCAUUCGAUGCUCACUCCAUGAAUUCCUCAAACUGCCUCCGCCAAAAGGUCGAUCUGACGAGACACCAAUCGCAUCGCGAAGGAAUGCAUGUCUUCAUCUUUCCCCAUGUCUCCUUACUUUUUCCUGUUGGUGGCCAAAUCCUGGUCACACACACAGAUCAUGGACGCUAGGCACGGCAAUGGUUCCAACGGGUGUUGGCUGUCUCAUACCUCUUGGAGGGAUGCCAUGCACUCGUAGUAUUUGACGUCCUCUUCCUCACAUUGACGCACCUGACUGGCGUAUCCGCCCUGAUCGACGUACAAGCGACAAAAGGCGCCCGAUCGGCGGACGAAAUACGAUGUGCGUGCAGCAUUGCUGUGCCCACCUCUUGCUGCUUGAGGUGAUUUUGCAGCUGUCUUAUUUGCUCGCGAUAGUCAGAUACCAGCAGCUCCUUCUGCAGCUGUAGACUGGUCAGGUGGCCCUCCAUCUGGUUGCAGCGUCGUAUCAGGCUGUCUCGCUCCGCCCUGUGGAGAGGGAAAGGACACCCACUUCCUUCUCCUCCUCGACUGAUUCAUCGCUCAACCUGAUAGGUUCAAGCUCUUCGGCUGCCUGUUUCUGCUGAUGCUGGGUGCGCUGCUGAACGUCAUCCAACCAAUACUCCAGCUCGCGGACCUGUAAAGGGCAACAGGGCGACUUGCACACAGCGCGGCAGACGAAUGUCAGGUUUCUGCCGGCCACCUCUCUCCUGGCAUCAUGUAUCUGCUGCUGUGUCUCUGAGAGGUCCAGGAGGUCCAUCUGGAUGGCAUCUGCCCGCUCGAGUAUGUGCUGCUUCUUGUUGUGGAACUCCUCACGGAAACAGUUCAGCUGUACACAAGGAACACACACGCGCACUCACGCAAACGCAAUGCAGUUGUCUGUCUCCCCGUUCCACCAUAUCACUGUCAGUCACCCAGCAGUCACCAUUUGUUUGGUCUUGUCCAGUUGCUGUCUCAAGGCAGUCAGGCAGUCCUGACCCUCGCCCAGCUUCCUCGCAGACCUGCACACAGCCCACAGACAAACCGCCCCUCAUAGGCACCCAGUCUGGGAAAGAUCACUCGUCUCACCAAUCGCGUCUCACCAUUUGAUGUCGCGUUCGAAUUCUGUGAGUGCUCCCUGCUCCUCAUCCCGCAGCUGCUGUUCCUUCCUCAGCAGCUUCAGCCGCUCGAUGGUGCUUCCCCGUCCAUGACCCAGAUAUGCCUUGACCCGUCCGAGCACCUCCUCUCGGCGAUGCCACUCACUGGCCACUGAAUCAGAUCCAUUCAUGACCAUGAUUGAAUGAGGUUUGGAGGACACAGACGAGCC